AUCACACAGUCCAAAGGUAGACAUUUGACAGCUACUUAUAUCUUCUGAAAAUAUCUUCGACCGCACACUGCACUAGACCGCGAAUAAGUUCUAAUUUCCUUAUCUGCAUAAGUUUCUGCUGGAAAGAGCAAUGUUCAACUUGGUUCGUAAAGUUGGUUUCGGGGUCAAAGUGCCAGAAGGUUAUUUCUCCUCAGCAGUAUCACGCAAUUGUUGUUCAACUAGUGCAUCGGCCAUGAAACGGUUAAGCGACAAAGUUGCAAUAGUCACAGCCUCCACAGAUGGGAUUGGCUUUGCUAUUGCGAGGCGCCUCGCACAAGAAGGGGCGAAGGUUGUGAUUAGCAGCAGGAAGGAGAAGAAUGUCCAAAAAGCCGUGGAAGAACUGAAAAAGGAUAAACUGGAAGUAUUCGGACUGAAGUGCCAUGUUGGAGAUGCGGGCGACCGAAAAAAAUUGUUUGAGGAGACUAUUAAGAAAUAUGGGAAACUAAACAUUCUUGUCUCGAAUGCAGCCACAAAUCCUGCUGUCGGACCGGUUCUAGACUGCGAAGAAGCUGUGUGGGAUAAAAUUUUCGAUGUGAACGUGAAAUCUUCCUUCAUGCUGGCAAAGGAAGCACUUCCACAUCUCCGAAAACAAGGAGCUGGUGGAAGUAUUGUAUUUGUCUCGUCAAUAGCCGGUCUGGAUCCAUUUGCAUUACUAGGAGCCUACUCCGUGAGCAAGACAACUCUGUUCGGUCUGACCAAGGCAGCUGCAAAAGACCUUGCAAGGGAAGGCAUACGAGUGAACUGCCUAGCUCCAGGAAUCAUCCAAACUAAAUUUUCGGCUGCGUUACAUGAAAGCAAAGAUGCAAACGAGGCUGCCCUUUCUACUAUUCCAAUGAAUCGCCUGGGUAAUCCGGAAGAAAUGGCUGGAGUGGUGGCAUUCUUAGUUUCGAACGAUGCUAGUUACAUCACCGGUGAGACAAUCGUAGCUGCUGGUGGCAUGACCAGUCGGUUGUAAAUGAGGAAAAAAAUGUGUGAUGAACAAGUCAAAUGCGGGGAGUACUACUUAAAAAGUGAUAAUCAAACCUGAUUGAAAAUGAAUUCUGUGUCUUCCAAGAAGUUAUAUUGAAUUACAAGAGUUUCGAUGGUGUAAAAAUAAAGGCUAC